AUGAGCUCCAUCCGUCGACGCCUGGCCUGUGUGGAGUGCACCCGGCGCAAAAUCCGCUGUGACAAAGUUGUUCCCUGUCGCAAUUGCACGAGGAGAGGCAUUACUUGUUCUCGUGCCAGAGGUAGCGAUGAUGAGGUGGAGAGAUUACAAGCUCGUGUCCAGGAGCUGGAAGCUGCUCUGAGAGAGGCAAAUGAUCCACAAUUGCAACCUAAUUCUCGACCCGAAUCUGAGAUCAUCUCCAAUGCCAGCAAUACCCCUGUCUCCGACACGGUGGAGACCCCCGAACGUGAAAUGGCGGACGCCGCCACCAUCCUUGAGUUCCUCGCCUGGGGCCGACGGAAGAACCCGGACUAUCACGAUAUGCUAGCCCGUAAAGAUGGUGUCGAGCAUCAUUCCCCUGGCGACGUGACGGCCGAAGGCAGCGGCGAUGACCGGAACCCCGAAGUUUCCUCCGCUCUGGCGUAUCUCCAGCUCCUCCUCCCAGAUCGCGAGCUCAUGCAGCAGCUCGUCUCCUACCAUUGCGACUGCGUGCUUUGGUAUCACGGCUCCUUUCACUCCCUUCGUCUACAAGACGAACUCGACGACUUCUUCCGCUUCGCUAAUGGUCAUAUCGCCCAUCCCCGCGUCGACUUGCAAUGGGUCGCUCUUCUCUUCUCUGUCCUUACCGGCGCCCUCGCCUGCGCUCCUCGCAUGACUGCCCAGGCAUGGGGCUUUUCCGAAUGGGAGCAGACCACUCUAGCGCAGCGAUGGUUCAAAGCAGUCUCGACGUGUCUACAUCACGCCGACUUUACCGCCAUCCACUCCCUAUAUGCCGUCCAGGCCAUCGCAACACUAACCAUGUCGGCUCAUCUCCUCGGCUUUUCUAAUAGCCUCUCUGUCCUGCUCGCAGCCGCUACUCGUAUUGCCCAGGGCCUGGGACUACACCGUCUCGGCUCGGAACGUGAAACAGAACCCUCGCCGGCCAUGAUUGAUCGCGAAAUUGGUCGUCGUGCCUGGUGCCAGCUCUGCAUCCAAGACUGGUUCUCCAUUCCCUUCUCAGAGAGCUAUCUCAUCCCACGGACGUGCCUGAAUACUGCCCGCCCGCGGAACUGCCGCGAUGAGGACAUGCUGAAGCUACCUGACGAUGAACCAAGUGUUGCGGGAUACUCGAGGUUCUUUUACCAAGUCGCGGCGCUUAUGCCUUCGCUACAGGAUAGCAUGGCUGCUUCGAAUACCCUGUAUACGCGAUAUGAGAAGGUUUUGGAACACGAUCGUAAGUUGCGCAGCUUAGCCACACAGGGUCUUCCACUGUACUUGAGGAAUGUACCUGUCGAGGAGCACCCGGAGUGGCCGAGAUAUGUCCUCUGGGCGAGACGUAGCCUGGCGAUCAGCUCAUCGCAUAAGAUCAUCAUGAUCCAUCGAAAGUUCCUCGAGUUAAGUUUCACAAACCCUGUGUUCGCUAGGACACGUCGCACGUGUGUUGCUGCCGCACGGACAAUCAUCAAGGAGCAGAAAGAAGCCAUCCAUGACGGGGGCCCGGUGCUCUGGAUCCACCAAGCCUUUAGUGUUGCUGCUAGCAUAAUAUUAUGUCUCGACCUUUUCCACCGCACCACCUCAGACCCAGAAACAACCUACCACCGCCAACUCAUCAACGACGGCCUGGACAUCCUCUCGCACAAUGAAUCGAACAUGAUCGCCCGACGGGGCGUGCAUCUCUUAGAGGCAUUACUAGCGAGAGAGCGCGACCGGAGUAGUCCCAAGCAUCUACCGUCACCAGAGCAGGACGCGGAUCGGGACUUCGAUCUGGUGGGAGUGAUUCGGAGUUUCUGUGAGAAGGGUCGCUGGCAGAGGAGUCGAACAGCUUCGCGGGAUGGGAGUCAGGGUUGGCCGCCUGUGGAUCGGGGGUCGAGUGAGAGGAGUGCACAGGUGCAGACUCCGGUGGGGGUUACUUCGCCGACGUUGGAGAGGUUGUCCAUGUCGUAUGGCCUAGAGUGUGCAGAGAGUCUGGAGGAUAUUCUGGUGUUGGCAGCGAAUUAUGCUACUUGA